UGUAUCUCCAGCAUUAAAGGCUGUAACGAAGCGUACCGUUCUAUCUGCGAUCGCGAAACUUUUUGACCCGCUCGAAUGGGCCACUCCCGUAAUUAUCAAAGCGAAAAUCAUGAUGCAAGAUCUUUGGAUAAGAAAAUGUGACUGAGAUAAAAAUCUUCCAGAUGAUCUCCGAGAAAGAUGGGAGAGUUUUUACAACUCUUUACCUGCUCUAAAUAACGUGCGAAUUUUUCGCUGGACAGGCCAAUCUUUCGAUGUAACGAAAUACACGGAUUCGCGGACGCUUCGUCCACUGCGAUGGGAGUUGUUGUCUAUUUACGACUGACGUUCAACAAUGGAACAACUGGCGUAAAGAUUGUCGCGGCAAAGUCUAAAGUAUCGCCGAUUAAAACUCUAAGUAUUCCGAGAUUGGAAUUAAAUGCCGCUCUAUUUCUCGUCAAUCUUCUCGAAUUUGUCGUCUCCGCUAUGCAUCUCAAGGACUAUUCUGUACAUUGUUGGACGGAUUCUACAGUUGUUCUUGAUUGGCUCAAAAAGCAUCCAUCCACAUGGGGAACCUUCGUUGCCAACAGAGUUUUGAAAAUUCAAACUCAACUCCCGUCAGCUAAAUGGAGACACGUUCCUACCGCAGAAAAUCCUGCUGAUUGUGCUUCACGCGGAAUCGCUCCACCAGAACUUGAAUCGCAUCAUUUAUGGUGGAGUGGACCCAGUUGGUUACGUCAGUCACCUUCCUCGUGGCCACCUCAAAAUAAAGACCUUCAAGAAAUAAAUUUCGAUCACGACGAUGAUUUACUUUUAGAAAAACGCAAGGCAACCGUAAAUCAAAUCGAGACUUCGCCUCAUUCUUGUCUCUUGACAAUCUCCCGAACAAAAUAUCAUCGUGGCUUCGCUUAUUGCGAAUCACCACGUACAUAAUCCGAUUUUCGAAACUCACACGACUGAAAACUCAUGGUGUCAUAACUAAUGAAAAAUUCUUAAGUUCAGUCGAGAUAAAUGAGGCUAAGUUAUUUUGGUAUAGAAACACCCACUUCGAGCAGUUUCCCAACGAAAUAACCGCUUUAAGAAAAAACUUGCCAAUUUCGCCUAAAAGCCCUCUGCUGAAAUUCACGCCGUUUCUCGAUGAAAAAGGUAUAAUACGUCUAGGCGGGCGGCUUAAAAAUUCGCCUCUUACGUUUUCUGAAAAACAUCCUAUUAUUAUGCCUCGUCAUCGGAUUAGCACAUUAAUUGCUGAAUAUUCUCAUGAGAAAGCCUUGCAUGGAGGUCCUCAACUCACUUUGCGAGUAAUUAGACAAAACUACUGGAUGAUUGGAGCAAGAAAUCUCGUAAAAACAAUAAUACACAAAUGUAUUCCUUGCACUCGCGAGCGUGCAUCGAUUCCGUUCCAAUUAAUGGAAGAUCUUCCACGCGCUCGGGUCUCACCGUCUCGCCCUUUCUUACACACCGGUGUAGACUAUGCCGGUCCAUUUUCAGUUUUACCCAGAAGGGGCAGAGGACAAAGAUAUUAUAAGGGUUAUGUAGCCGUCUUCGUCUGCCUUUCCGUUCGUGCCAUUCAUUUAGAGCUAGUAAACGAUUAUUCUUUUGAAUCGUUCCUCGCUUCCUUCAAACGAUUUACAGCUCGUUGUGGAAUACCUAGUGACCUAUAUAGUGACAACGGUACAAAUUUUCAAGGAGCAGCUAAAGAAUUAUCGUCUACGUUUCGAAAUCUCAUGAAAGAUGCCGAUUUAAUGUCUCGAUUAGCCACCGAUGGAACUUCGUGGCAUUUUAUCUCUCCUGCCGCGCCACAUUUUGGUGGAAUUUGGGAGGCAGGCGUUAAAAGCAUGAAACAUCAUCUUCGCCGUGUCAUCGACUCUCAUACUUUAUCAAUCGAAGAAUUCACGACGCUUCUCUGCCAAGUUGAAGCCUGUCUGAAUUCGCGACCCAUUUCCCCGUUGGCAAAUGAUCCUAAUGAUUUUGCCGUACUAACUCCCGGACAUUUUCUAAACGGAGCCCCCCUCGUUACUGUACCUGACGAUUCCGCGUUAGAUCUUCUAACGCGAAUCGCGUCUCUCCCGUUACCAGCGUGUGCGAGCGAUGCUACAACACUUUUGGAAUGCUUGAUCUCGUGACUAUUUACACACCUUACAACAACGGCAAAAAUGGACACGUGUUUUCCCAGAAUUAAAGGUGGGAGAAAUCUUAGUCAAGUGUCUGGCCAAGAUUAUAAAAACCUUUCCGGGAAAGGAUGGUCACGUUCGCACUGUCACUCUUGAAACUGCGAAGUGUACGUUCAAGAGACCAAUCAAUCAAAUCUGUCGACUACCGUUAGAUGAUAAGAACUGAUUGUAUAUUUAGCUUAAUGUAGUUAUAAGUCCGAAAUUGCUUAUACCAAGGUAAAGAUGCACAAAAAAUUGUACAAGAUUCGUCGUACCGUUCCAGAUACGAGGCGAGCGGUAUGUUUAGUUUUGAAUUUACAUGCGAACACCUGUUCUCAUCGACGGUCAGGGUGACCCAUGUUAUUGUCAGCGAUUCGGCACGACUUUUGCCGAAUUAUGAUCGUGCUGCAACUACGCGAGCGAUAGCGUACUGAGAAAUUAGUAAACCAACAGCAGUCACGAUUAACACCUCGCGCUAAUAAAGGAGCUGAUUUAUAUUAAUCAAGUGUUUCGAUUAUACCUUUUCCGAAGAAGUCCUUGUUCCAGCAACAAUUUCAAAGUUAAGUGAAACGAUAUACGAAAGUGUUGAUUCAGGAGAACGCGUGCGAUUCUGAAAACGCUGGAGACGGCAAGGCUGCGAAAAGAAGGGCGUCCUCCUCAUGAAUGAGCAUAGACGCGUGGAUCGGGAAUACCCCCCAGGCGAUCAGGCGGGGAAUAAAACCUCGAUGCUCUCGAGGAAAUGACCGCGGGUGAAAGUGCUUCUGAGACAUUCGUCGAGAGCGGUCGAACACGUUUGCUCAUGAGAAAAGUGCCUCGUACUGUCAAGCGCGGACGUGACUUUUUUACAGCGCCAUCGAAGGUCGCCGCGAUUACGAUAAUCGUCACCACUUCGAAUCGACUCCUGACAAUGUACCUAUACAUAUGUUACCGGCCAGAAGUAUUAGGACUCCUACCCUGUGUGAAUCGAUCCUAAUAGAAGUCACAAUUUAGAAACUGUAACUACAUUUACUUGAUUUAAUAUUGUGUUUCACAGGUAUAAUCAAUAAUCAAGUAAUUAAUAAUAAAACAAUCAAAUUUUUACUUUAUGACGUUAUAAAAGUCACAUAAAUGUGCUGUAUAACAUUGCAACUGUCAUAAUUAUAUCACAAAUGUCACCUUUAUUAUAUCAUGUAAUGUUAUAAACGCUAUUAUUUUGUUAGAACUUAUCAAUAACAAUGUAAAUGUAUAUUGCUUGAAACUAAAUGUUUCCAGUCACUAAAUGCAUUCAUUUUUGUAGAGUAUGAUCAAUAUUUAAAGUACAAUGUUUAUAUUUGCUGGUACGUACUUCUUUGUCGAUAAUUUACACAUUUCAAGUUGCAAUAAUACAAUAAAAUCAUGUGCAAGUUUAAAUCACUUGAUUAAAAUUUAAUUUAGCUAAAUAUGUAUUAGAGGGACCAACAAAUUUUUAAAAAGGGAAUCGAACAACUGCGUUUACGCUGGCAAAAGUGUUAGAAAAUGAUGGAAAUUAUUUUGUUGAUUAGUAUUUAAGAUUUUUUUAAUAAAUAAAUGUUGAUAAAAGUUUGACUACUUUUCGCUCCCCCUAAUAAUAUCGAAUUUAAACUAAAUAACACGCUAUGUCAAAUAUUCGAUUAUUAAUCGUAAUUUUAAUUAUAGUAGGGCUUCGAUUAUUCGACUACAGUUUAUCUAAAUAUCUCAUCAUUUGAACGCUACUUUAAAGUGGAAUAAUUGAUAUUUUUAGUUAAGAUCUUAACUUCGAAGAUGAGAAAUUGUGCGCAUAUCAGAAUCAAUUGUUAUAUGCGUAUAUCCUUAUCUUCCUUCCUAGAUUUCACCGUUCCAGCAUAGUUUAAUUUGGCAUAUAUUAGUCACAGCACAGUCGAAAGUAAAUUAAAAUGAAAAAUUGUAAUCAAACGCGUAGUGGAAUAUUGAACUCGAAAUAACAGUUUAUGAUGUAAAUAUACAAAAAUGUAGACUAUGGUGAAAGUUCAUUAAAUCACAGUAAGUAUAUGUAAGAUUUAUGUACGCUUUCAUUACUUAUGUAAUAAAAUUUUGCCCUGAAAUGUGAUUUGUAAAUCCAAGCAAUUUAUAAAAUUAUAGAACUAAUUACAUCUAUAAAACACUAUUUAUAAUCAUUCGAACGUCUCUUUCUAACAGAGAUGAUUAAUUAAAGCACAGUAUAAUGAUUCAUGAGCAACAUUUAUUGUGUAGAAUAUUUAUACAAAUUCACAUAUAACGUAACGUUCAAUAUUAUUUAAGUAUUUCAUUCUAAAUUUCAAAUUUUAAUGUAUAAUUCUACGAAUAUCGAAUACUAUGUAUCUUUUGUUUUUCAUGAUUAUUAUUUAC